CCUGUCUUCCUCUGCAUUUUAAUUUCGUGCAAACCGGCGACUUAAAAUUCUAUCGGCGUACGGCGGCGUUUGGAGAUCGGAGAUUCGAGUAAUGGCAGAUCAUACUGAAGAGCACGAGAAGGAAGAGCCUGUAGCUGAAACUACAGUUGAAAAAUCCACCGAGAAAUCACCCGGUAGCGAUUCGUCGUCGUCGUCGUCGUCUUCCUCCGAUUCCGAGGAUGAAAAGGACUCCAAAUCGGAGUCGUCUGUGGCGAAUUCGAAGAUCUACCGUCUGUUCGGCCGGGAAAAGUCAGUGCACAAAGUUCUCGGCGGUGGAAAACCUGCCGACAUUUUCCUGUGGAGGGAGAAGAAGGUUUCCGCAAGCGCUCUUGGUGUCACGACGGCAAUUUGGGUGUUAUUUGAAGUGCUUGAGUAUCACCUGCUUACAUUUAUUUGCCAUAUCCUAAUUCUUGGUCUAGCAAUCCUUUACUUAUGGUCGAACACAUCCUCCUUUAUCAACAAGUCUCCAGUCAAUAUCCCCAAAGUCGUUAUUCCUGAAGAUAUUGUUGUGCGUGUAGCAUCACCGCUUAGGGUUGAAUUGAAUCGAGCUUUGGCAUUCCUCCGAGAGAUUGCUUCUGGGCGAGGAGACUUGAAGACAUUCCUCUCGGUGAUCGCAGGGCUUUGGGUUAUUUCAAUCUUGGGAUGCUGCGCCAACUUCCUCACCCUAUUUUACAUAUGCUUUGUGAUUCUGGUGACGGUGCCCGUACUCUAUGAAAAAUAUGAGAUCCAAAUUGAUGCUCUUGCGGAGAAGGCCGAGGCUGAAGUGAAGAAACAAUAUGGUGUGCUCAAGGCUAAAUAUUUGAGCAAAAUCCCUACAGGUGCUCUCAAAGGUAAGAAGUUCGCCUAGAACCCAUUUUAAUGUGUCAUGUAAUUGAUCUUACCUUAUGUGGGGGGCAAGUUUUGAAUUUGUUUUGUUACCACUAAAUGUGAUCAAAUGCACACACGUGCACGUAUCUUUUGAUUCUCGAUUAUUGAUUAUUGUAAUGUUAAAAUGAAUGAUUGUGUGAUUAUUAUUAUUAACCAUUAAGGGCUUCAAACAUCAUACAAA